AUACCCCUCUUGAGAUCUCAUUUCUCCAGCCACCCACGACUCACUAAUCCAAUAUCUAGAUACUAAUAAUUAUUGCAUUACCACAUCUAAAGUGUCUUGUAAAAGGGCUUAGCAUUUCAAUGGAGUCGAGCCGCAAGCGCAGAACAGGGUUCCUGAAAGGUAAACUCAUGAAGUCCUUAUAUCGAGGCGGCCGAGCAGCAGCACCACCAGUGAAGCUUUGGCCCACGGCCGCAUCAACAACUAAUUACAGCUCGGAGGACGAUCCUCCAUCAACUGUUUAUCAUCUUCAUCUUCAUCAGCAGCAACAACAGCCAAAGGAAAAGCUUGUUCCUUUUAAUCCAAAUAGCAUCAUCACAGUAAACCAGGAGAAAGCUGCACCUCCCCUUAAGCCAAAAAUUUCUUACUACAUUCCACCGCAGAGUACCGGGCGUGAGUAUUCUAAAGGCACUAAUAAUUACUAUGCAGCCAGGUGUGUUGACACAGACGAAAGCGUUGAUGUAAAGGCUGCCAACUACAUAUCAUUUGUUCAGGAGCGUUUCAGUUCACUUGAACGUAAUUGCUAAUAAUUGAGCAUCAGAUCAAAGGAAUAAGGUGUCGCCUUGAGCUUGGUUAAUGUAUUACAACAGGGCAUUUUGCACUAAUCAUUUGAGACAAGUAGUUGAUUUUGCUGUAGUAAAUAAUUAUACAUGGAAAUAAUUCUCAUCAUUAUGCACCA